CCGCUUCUUCGCCGCCCCCUUCGCUCGCAUCGCGCAACAAGACGGGGAAAAAAAAAGUACUAGUGGCCACCAUGGAAGCCGAGCGCCCCAACCACCACCAGAUCACGCACGCCUCCUCUUCCACCAUUUGCCCGCUCCGCCGGAAGCGAGGAGGAGACGAGGAGCUGCGGCCCAUGGAUCUCGACGCGGCCGCCGCGGGGUCGCGCCCCACGUCCCAGGACAAGCUGAAAGCAUUGGCUUAUGAGUACGGUCAUGAGUUUCGAAUUUUUUCAAGUGCAACAUUUGAGUCAACGACUAGCAACUUGCCUGCAGCAGAUCAGGAGGAAGAUGAUGACUUUUAUGAGCUUCAGCCUGCUGACUAUUUCAACUUGGUUUCGAACAGAUUAGCAGAACAAUCGAAAGUUUUGAAGACUCGUAAAAUGCGGGAAGCAGAACUUGCGGCCCAACGAGCAAAGAUAAAAAAAACAGUAAUGAGGGUGCGAUUCCCUGAUGGAUACAUACUUGAGGCCGAUUUUCAUCCGUCAGAAACAGUUCAAAGUCUGAUGGGUCUUCUUAAGAAAGUUCUCUCUAGACCAGACCUGCCAUUUUAUCUAUAUACAGUUCCACCAAAGAAGCGGAUACAGGACACUUCAAUGGAUUUCUACACAGCUGGUUUUAUUCCUGGGGCUAAUGUCUUCUUCUCUUAUGAUUUACCAGCAGGUUCAGAGUUAAAUACAGACAGUGUAAAAUCAGAACCUUAUCUCAGUGAAGAAAUUCGGAUGCUGGAUGGACUAUCAAUUGUCCAAGAACCUGUUCACCAACCAAUUGAUUCUAAUGCGAACUAUUCUUCUGCUCAUCAAUCUGAUGUGUUUCAAUCAGAUUUUGCGCCGCCAACAAAUAAGAAACCAGCUAAACCAAAGUGGUUCAAAAGGUGAUGAGGUGAGACAAGUCAGAGCGUCAAGAAUGUACCGCCAGAGAGGACUGAUGUAGGGAAAAGAGUGAAAGCAUGAAAAUAAUGGGUGCUGUUGGUUUCCUUAAUGGAUAUACAUUGUAAAAUGGCAUUUUUUUUCCCAAAGAAAUGGCCUAGUUCUGCAGAACGGAAUGAUUUGUACAUCUGACAGCACUUGCGUUACACUUCGUUGCUAACAAAACCUCCUUUUCCUGAGUGUAAAUAUGACGUUUGGUUACUUUGUUGGUGUCCUUUUAGCACAUUUACCAGAGUACGCCAUACCUGAAAAAUUGUCUCUUUUUUUUGAGAUGACUGAAAAUAUUUUCGACAGUGACUCAUGCGCAUGUGAUUGUUUCUGCA